AUGGCUGAGGUCGCAGGCCUCGUCCUUGGCGGCAUUCCCAUUGCCAUCUGGGCAUUGGAGAAGUAUGCCGAGCCCUUCGAGACUCACCAAAACUACUACGUCGCCAUUCAGACUCUCCGUGCCGACUUGACUAUGCAAAAGAGUCAACUGGAGAUAACUCUUCGCAACAUUGGACUGGAAAAUCCUUCUGUGGACGAGCUACAGGAAUGUCUCGGUGCCAAGUUUCCCGGCAUCCACCAGGACCUCAUCGUCAUCAUCAAGGCAAUGGACGAGAGAACGUCGAAGUUACUGAGAGAUCUAGACAUUGAUAUUAAUGGCAAGCCUCGGUGGACAGGUGAUCCGGACAGGGCUCUAUGGGAGUGGCGUCGAGUAAAGCGCUCGUUUGCCUCAAAGAAGAACCGAUCCCUUAUCGAUGACCUCAGGAAGUGGAACCAAGACCUGAGGAACUGUCUUGAACGGACCGAGGUAUCUACCGAAGAUGACACUCGCCAAGUCCAAGCCCUCAUCAGGGGAUUCAAUCCGAAGCAUUGCGACUCGAUCCGAUCAUGUCUGAGAUCUUUCCACAGAGCACUAAAAUCUGCUUUGCAGUGCAACUGCCCAUCAUCUCAUCAAGCAACCAUAGACCUAGACUGGAAUUUGGGCCCUUUGCGCUAUCAAUCGGCUUUUUCUGCAGGAUUGUCAUAUGAGACGCAUCCAGAAUCGGAACACUCAUGGCGGAAAUUCCACGUCACGCCAAAAGGAAACACAAAGACAGUCACUACUAGUCCUGCUAGGGCCAAGGCCAAGUCUUCUUCUCCAUCCAGUCUUCUUGACAUGAUCUAUCGACUACCAUAUCGCACUCACUCGACAACUCCUCAACCUGUCCAGGAUACGACUCCACCGCCGCCACCGCCAGCACAGUUUAUUGCAAAUUUGUGUGGCCAAGUCCGAACACAAUGCGCUCCGUGGUGUAUUACUGGUUGUCUCCGAGACCCAGAGGCCGACAAGGACCAGCAGUUCUCGCACUUUUCCCUCAACCAACACUCGGAAGAGCUAUCGGGCCUUACCAGGACAAUUUCGCUGAGACAUCUGCUCCUAAACCAGAACAGACGGCAGGCCCACGCACAUCUUGCUCUCUCGGCCAAACAGCGAUAUGCUAUUGCCACUUCGAUUGCGUGGUCCGUUCUUCACCUGAGCGACAGUCCGUGGCUGGGAGAAGGAUGGGAUCAGGACGAGAUCAAGUUCUUCGUCGACGAGGGAAGCGAAGGGAUGAAACUUGUUUCACAGUUCCCAUCCAACUCGUAUGCGUUUCACGAGCCGACAACGAUGGAUCAGCCACUUUCGCCGUCAACAAAAGACUUUAGCCGCCUAAUUCCCAACAAGACCAUCUUCACGCUCGGCGUGAUUCUUAUUGAGCUAUGCCUCAAAACACCCUUCGAAGAGCUUCGACAGACCUUGCAUGAUGAAUCGAGGGGACAAGCCGUUUCAGCUCCAAUCCUAGAUCAAUAUGAUACCGCCAUCGACAGACUUGACGAUGUCUACCGCGAGGCAGGCGAUUCAUACGGCAAUGCGGUUCAGAGGUGUAUCAAGUCCUCGUUCCAGGGUCCUAAGUCGACAAGGCAGUUCAAUGUCGGGCAAUUCCGGAUACAAUUCUACAACACGGUGGUUGCGCCAGUACAAGCAACCUAUAGCAUGAUGCCGUAA